AUGGAAUUCCCCUUUGGCUCCCUGGAAACUACCAACUUCCGUCGGUUCACUCCAGAGUCACUGGCGGAGAUUGAGAAGCAGAUUGCUGCCCAACAGGCAGCAAAGCAAACCAGAGGGAAGCACAAGGAGCAGAAGAACCAGGAAGAGAAGCCUCGGCCCCAACUAGACCUGAAAGCCUGCAACCAGCUGCCCAAGUUCUAUGGUGAGCUCCCAGAAGAACUGAUCGGGGAGCCCCUGGAAGACCUAGAUCCCUACUACAACACACACCGGACGUUUAUGGUGCUGAACAAAGGGAGGACCAUUUUCCGGUUUAGUGCCACUCGGGCCCUGUGGCUAUUUAGUCCUUUCAACCUGAUCAGAAGAACGGCCAUCAAAAUAUCUGUCCACUCAUAUCCUUUGUGGUUCAGUUCAUUUAUUACACUCACUAUUUUGAUCAAUUGUGUGUGCAUGACCCAAACUGAACUUCCAGAGAAAAUUGAGUAUGUCUUCACUGUCAUUUAUACCUUUGAAGCCUUGAUAAAGAUACUAGCAAGAGGAUUUUGUCUAAAUGAGUUUACAUACCUGCGAGAUCCUUGGAACUGGCUGGAUUUUAGUGUCAUUUCCCUGGCAUACGUUGGCACAGCAAUAGAUCUCCGAGGGAUCUCAGGCCUGCGGACAUUCAGAGUUCUUAGAGCUUUAAAAACAGUUAGUGUAAUCCCAGGGCUGAAGGUCAUUGUGGGAGCCCUUAUCCACUCAGUGAGGAAACUGACGGAUGUGACCAUCCUCACCAUCUUCUGCCUGAGUGUCUUUGCCCUGGUGGGCCUGCAGCUCUUCAAGGGCAACCUCAAGAACAAAUGUGUCAGGAAUGACACAGCUUUCAAUGAGGUGGCCAACGACUCAUCUCACAGAAACUCAGAUAUCUACAAGAUUAAGCAAGGCACUUCUGAUCCCUUACUGUGCGGCAAUGGAUCUGACGCAGGCCACUGCCCUGCUGGUUAUAUCUGUCUUAAAACUUCUGACAACCCGGAUUUUAACUACACCAGCUUUGAUUCCUUUGCUUGGGCUUUCCUCUCACUAUUCCGCCUCAUGACGCAGGACUCCUGGGAACGCCUCUAUCAGCAGACCCUGAGGGCUUCUGGGAAAAUCUAUAUGGUCUUUUUUGUACUUGUAAUCUUCCUGGGAUCUUUCUACCUGGUCAACUUGAUCUUGGCUGUGGUCACCAUGGCAUAUGAGGAGCAGAACCAGGCAACCAUUGAUGAAAUUGAAGCAAAGGAAAAGAAGUUCCAGGAGGCCCUCGAGAUGCUCCGGAAAGAGCAGGAGGUGCUAGCAGCACUGGGGAUUGACACAGCCUCUCUCCGCUCCCACGAUGGAUCGCCUUUAGCAUCCAAGAAUGUUAACGAAAGAAGACACAAAAUGAAACCAAGGACAUCAGAGGACUCCAUAGAAGACAACAAAUCACUUCAAUCUGAACCCUACAACCAGCGUAGGAUGUCUUUUCUAGGCCUCACCUCUGGAAGACGCCGGGCUAGCCAUAGCAGUGUAUUCCAUUUCCGGGCCCCUGGCCGAGAUCUCUCACUCCCUGAAGGAAUCACAGAUGAUGGAGUCUUUCCUGGAGACCACGAAAGCCAUCGGGGCUCCUUGCUACUGGGCGGAGGUGCUGGCCAGUCAGGCCCCCUCCCUAGGAGUCCACUGCUUCAACCUCCCAACCCGGGCUCCAGCCAUGGAGAAGAUGAACACCCAACGCUGCCCUCCAGUGAACUUGUCCCUGGAGCCAUGGAGGUCUCGGUAUUCGAUGCAGGGCAGAAGAUGACUUUCUUGUCAGCAGAAUACUUGAAUGAACCUUUCCGAACCCAAAGAGCGAUGAGUAUUGUCAGUAAUAUAACCUCUGUACUCGAAGAGCUUGAGGAGUCUAAACAGAAGUGCCCACCCUGCUUGACCAGUUUGGCUCAGAAGUAUCUGAUCUGGGAGUGCUGUCCCACAUGGGUGAAACUGAAGACCAUUCUCUUUGGACUUGUGACGGACCCCUUCACGGAGUUGACCAUCACCUUGUGCAUCGUGAUAAACACAGUUUUCAUGGCCAUGGAGCAUCACGGCAUGAGCAGCACCUUCGAGGCCAUGCUCCAGAUAGGCAACAUUGUCUUUACUGUAUUUUUUACGGCUGAAAUGGUCUUCAAAAUCAUUGCCUUCGACCCCUACUAUUACUUCCAGAAGAAGUGGAAUAUCUUCGACUGCAUCAUUGUCACUAUGAGCCUGCUGGAGCUGGGCGUGGCCAGGAAGGGAAAACUGUCGGUGCUGCGGACCUUCCGCCUGUUGCGAGUCUUCAAGCUGGCAAAGUCCUGGCCCACCUUAAAUACACUCAUCAAGAUCAUCGGAAACUCAGUGGGGGCACUGGGGAACCUCACCAUGAUCCUGGCCAUCAUUGUCUUUGUCUUCGCUCUGGUUGGCAAGCAGCUCCUAGGGGAAGACUACCGCAAAAACAAGGAAACGAUCGCGGGGCCUGGUGAAGAAUGGCCCCGCUGGCACAUGUACGACUUCUUCCACUCCUUCCUCAUCGUCUUCCGUAUCCUCUGUGGAGAGUGGAUUGAGAACAUGUGGGCCUGCAUGGAAGUCAGCCAGAAAUCCAUAUGCCUCGUUCUUUUCUUGACGGUGAUGGUACUGGGGAACCUAGUGGUUCUUAACCUGUUCAUCGCGCUGCUGUUGAACUCUUUCAGCGCCGACAACCUCACAGCCCCAGAGGAAGAUGGGGAGGUGAACAAUCUGCAGGUAGCCCUGGCACGGAUUCAGGUGUUUGGCCAUCAUGCCAGACAGGCCCUUUGCAGCUUCUUCAGCAGACCCUGCCAGUUUCCCCGGCCUAAGGCGGGGCCAGACCUGGUGGUGAAACUCCCACUCUCCAGCUCCAAAGCUGAGAACCACAUUGCUGUCAACAUCACUAGGGAGAGCGCUGGAGGGCUCCCAGCUCCCGUAGGCCCCAGAGAUGAGCAUGGUGACUUCAUCAACGAUUCUAAUGUGUGGGUCUCUGUGCCUAUUGCUGAGGGUGAAUCUGAUCUCGAAGACUUGGAGGAUGAUGGUGAGGAGGAUGCUCAGAGCUCCCAACAGGAGGUGAUCCCCAAAGGACAGGAGCAGCUACAGCAAGUCGGGAGGUCUGAAGACCACCUGACACUCAGGAGCCCAAGCUCUGGAACGUCAUCUGAGGAUCUGGCCCCACACCUGGGUGAGAAGUGGAAAGAUGAGGCUGUUCCUCAGACCCCUGCAGAGGGAGUGGAUGACACAAGCUCCUCGGAGGGCAGCACAGUGGACUGCCCAGAUCCUGAAGAGAUCCUGAGGAAGAUCCCAGAGCUAGCUGAUGACCUUGAAGAACCAGACGACUGCUUCACAGAAGGAUGCAUUCGUCACAGUCCCUGCUGCAAAAUGAAUACCAGCAAGUUUCCAUGGGCCAUGGGCUGGCAAAUGCGCAAGACCUGCUACCGUAUCGUGGAGCACAGCUGGUUUGAGAGCUUCAUCAUCUUCAUGAUCCUGCUCAGCAGUGGGUCUCUGGCCUUUGAAGACUAUUACUUGGACCAGAAGCCCACAGUGAAAGCUUUGCUGGAGUAUACCGACAGGGUGUUCACCUUUAUCUUUGUGUUCGAGAUGCUGCUCAAGUGGGUAGCCUAUGGCUUCAAAAAGUACUUCACCAACGCCUGGUGCUGGCUGGACUUCCUCAUUGUGAAUAUCUCACUGACAAGCCUCACAGCGAAGAUGCUGGAAUAUUCUGAUAUGGCUUCCAUCAAAGCCCUCCGGACUCUCCGUGCCCUGCGGCCACUGAGGGCUCUGUCUCGAUUUGAAGGCAUGCGG